CCAGAGGAGAACAUUUUGGAUUCGAGGCUCAUCGCCGCCUUCGAGCAGAAGGAAAGGGAACGUGAGCUGUAUGGGCCCAAGAAGAGAGGACCCAAACCCAAAACUUUCCUCCUAAAGGCCCGGGCCCAGGCCGAGGCGCUCCGCAUCAGUGAUGUGCAUUUUUCUGUCAAGCCGAGCGCCAGCGCCUCCUCGCCCAAGCUGCACUCCAGUGCCGCUGUGCACCGGCUAAAGAAAGACAUCCGCCGCUGCCACCGCAUGUCCCGCCGUCCCCUGCCACGACCAGACCCACAAGGAGGCAGCCCUGGCCUGCGCCCACCCAUCUCGCCCUUUUCUGAGACCGUGCGCAUCAUCAACCGCAAGGUGAAGCCCCGGGAGCCCAAGCGGAACCGCAUCAUCCUGAACCUGAAGGUGAUUGACAAGGGUCCAGGAGGAGGCAGCACUGCGCAGGGUGCAGGGGCGCUUGCCCGCCCCAAAGUCCCAUCACGGAACCGGGUCAUUGGGAAAAGCAAGAAGUUCAGCGAGAGCAUGCUGCGCACCCAGAUCCGCCAUAUGAAGUUUGGCACCUUUGCGCUGUACAAACCCCCGCCCGCCCCUCUGGCGCCCUCUACCGCAGGCAAAGCCGACAUGGCCUCCUCCGGGCCUGGGCUGCUCCUGUCCACCCCGGCAGCUGCCCCUUAUGACGCACACAGCUCCAGCUCUUCCGGCUGCCCCUCACCCACACUGCAGUCCUCUGACCCAGACGAUGCACCGCCCAAGCUGCUCCCUGAGACCAUGAGCCGAUCUGCCCCCAACUGGCGAGAGCCAGAGGUGCUGGAUCUGUCCAUCCCUCCUGAGGUGGCAGCCACCGGCCAGCGGGCACCUCCUGAUGUCACUGCUGCUGCAGGCCAAGUGCUCCACACAGCCCUGGAGCCCACAGGUGCCUGCUCCGAGCCUGAGGCUGGGGACUGGCGUCCCGAGAUGUCACCGUGCUCCAAUGUAGUCGUCACAGACGUCACCAGCAACCUCCUGACCGUGACCAUCAAAGAAUUCUGCAGCCCUGAGGAUUUCGAGAAGGUGGCUGCGGGUGUGGCAGGUGCUGCAGGGGGUGGUGGUGGCACUGGGCCCAGCAAGUGAGGGGUUUCUCCAAGGAGGAAGGCUUUGGGGGGGGGCCUCCUUCCUAGAAUCAUACUUGUGCUCCCACCCCGUCCCUGCCCUCAGACCUGUCUGCCUGUGCUUUGCUUGCCUCAAAUGGCUCGGUGUUGACCCAGGGAUGUGGCUGGGUAGUCCUGAAUGUGGUUAGGGCACAGGAAGGAAGAAAUGCUCCCUGGAGUCCAUGGAAAUGUCCCUGAUUCUGCAGGUGGGGCCCAGUAGGUGGCUUCUGGGGAAGCCCAAGAACUGUCCUACCUACACCCCACCCUGCCUCUCGCUUGCUUCUUGCUCUGUGUGCAGUGUCUGGUCUCGGUGCUAUCUUGGCUGCUUCAGGGCCCCUAGGAGAUCCCACCUACGGUGGGCACAGUCUCUUAGUGCCACCUGGGACUGAGUGAAGGAUGAUGCUAACAUAGGCUCCUCCCUCAACACCAUUGAGGGUGGCAGCAGCUGGGCCAGAGGUCCCUUCCCUGCUUGCCUACAUCUGGACCAGGCUCACACAGAUUUUGUGCUCCCCACACCCUGUCUCUAUCCAAAACCCCUUUGAAGGUGGAGGGGCUGGCAGACAUAGCACCCUGCUGCAGCCUCUGGGCAUCUGAAAGCCCCCUACAUUUUCUACCAAAGGUGCUGCAGGAACCUGCUGUGGAAACUUCUGUGCAUGUGUGUUUGCCCCUUGGCUUGUUCUUGUGUGGAUCCAUGUGUGUGUUGGGUGCAGGGCGUCAGGCUUUCCUGCAACACCCUUUACGGUUCCUUAGAACAGGGUCACUGAAGGCGUGGCCUCCCUUGCCUUAGCCAGGCCUGAUACAGUCCAGUCUGUGUGGUUUGUCGUGGAAGCCACAGGCCUCUUUUCCAACCCCAGGUUCCUGAGGGGACAUGAAACCCUCAGGCCCUUCUUGGGGUGUUACGCUUGAAAGUCAGACCUUCACACUGCAGACAUAGCAUGGGGAGGACUGUGAUGGGGAGGGCCCAGCUCCAGCCUCUCUUAUUGCAGAUGUUGGAGGAAAGAAAAGGCCUAGAGACCUCCCAGGAUCUUUGGUUUCUCCCACCCUUCUGGUUUGCUUUUAACUGCUGAGCUCCCUGGCAGUCUAGCCUGUUGGAAGACUUUGGGUGCCUUGGGCAGCUUCGCUUGCCUUCUGCUGCUAGGGAACCGAGGCAUCCAUGCUGAUGGCCGAGACCAAAGCCAGGUACAAGGACAGUGGGCAGGCCAGAGGGGAGAGGGAGGGUGCCUGUCCCCAGACAGCACUAGGGACUCCACUGGCCUGCCCUUGGCCACUGCCUGAGACUCACUUGGGUGUUGAGUGGGAUGUUUCUAUGUGUAGCCUGAGCUGGCUCUUGGUACCUUGCUCAGAGCAUGGUAAAAGGUGGAGUCAGCUGACCCAAGGACAAGUAUUCUGGUCUUAGGGGAAGAUACUCUUCUCUCCUACCCCCUGCCAGGGUCUGCAGCGCAGCCCCAGCCCUCCUCGCCCCAGGGUAUGAAACGGCUCCUCACAGGGUUUGAGGGGGACCACAGUCCAGGUCCCACCUUGUCCUGUGUUAACCCUGAUACCGUCCAAGUGCCAAUUGGCUUUUCCCCCAAAUAAGGGCUGGUAUUUCACCUCUGUCCCCAGAGGCGAUUUCCCCCUCCCCUUUACCCAGGUGAGCCACCACCUGGGUGCCAGUUACAGGUGUUUGCAGAGACCAUAGAAAUGUGUUUUCCUGAGAGUCUGUGUCAUUUGUGACCUUUUUUGUAAAGAAGUUGUGUUUUCAGAGGUGAUUUUAUGACAGGAAAGUGAAAGAGUUAGUUUUGCAAAAAAUGGGAAAAAAAGAAAAAAAUUUUUAAAAAGUUAAAAAAAAAACAAAGAAAAGAAAAAGUAGAAAAAAAUAUUGUGGGAUUCCUAAGUGUGGGGUGGAGGGAGAAAGCUAUUUAAAGAGAACAUAGGAACGCAGCGAUUGCACAGGUGAGGUGGCAGUGUUAGAGUAAGGGGGAGGCCUGAGCUAGCUGGGGGGUCCCCCAGGGUCGAAGGCACCAUAGAUGGCCAUGCUGCCCUCCUUCCUUGGCAACAGGCAGGGCAAGUGUUCUUUGGUGACAUAGGAAUAGAUUACAUUCCACUCCUUGCUUGAAAGGAAGAGUGACAGCCAGUGUCCAGGGAGCUAGCAGGAAGCUCUGGGGACAGGCAGGUGGCAGUCGUGGGACUCCUUGGGGACUAGAUUCACUGUGUUUUUUCCCCCAGGAAGACUUCUCAUCCACGCGCUAUUACUUUUCACCAGCUUGCUGAGUCCUGUCACCCUAAAGACCAAGUCACCUUUGAGUUCCGCUGGUUAGGAAAGGGAUACGGGCUUCAGAAGCCGCUGAUGGGGUAACUCGCACACAAGGCCUCAAGGUGACUGGACGAGGGGAAUGCCCAGGACUGCUGGUGAGCAGAGCCCUUCUUCCUCUCCCAGAUGGCCUGGAGUAAGAGGCCUAGGGCUCUACACAGACCCUACACAACAUUGCACCAUCAGCCUACUUCAGGCCCCGACCCCUCUUGCUGCUUUUCUUUGUUUGCAAGCAGAAGUUGCAGUCCGGUUUGCUUUAUUUUUGUAUGUGAAAUGACCUCCCUGGUGGUCAUGCCCUGUAAAUGCACCCUUCCCACCCACUUGUCAGGAAAUGGAAGUAGGUGAGUCCCCAGGGUCUUGGGUUUUGAGAUGGAAGGUUGGGGCCCAUCCUGGUUUAGUCAGUCCCUCUAUGAAAGGGCUGUUCAGAGCAGCUAGGCCUGUGCACAAAGCCCUCCGGGGCCUCCAGCUGCCCACAUCCCCUAAGGGAGCAAAAUGAGCCUCCUUCCUCUGGGCAAGCCACCCUUGCGUCAGUGGGAGGGGGAAUUGUCUCUUUCAAAGGAGGUUAAACUACUUCGCUGCAGUGAGGAGGGCUUAGAGCCCAGGCUUCCCUGGCCUUCAGAGGGAAAGCAGGGAGUCAGGCUGGCUGGUGCCUAGACUAGAGAGUUGGCCCUUGCAGAAACUAGGCCGGUCAAGCAUCUGGGCUUAGGCCAGACUUCCUGACAUCUGGGGACCUGAGAGGCCAUACCCCUUUCCCUUACUUUUCUGGUUUGUUUGGUUGGCUUUCUUUUCUUCUUUGUUUUGUUUUGCACUUCAAUGGAUGGUGGAACCCGGUCUGGUCAGCUCUGCCCUUGGGUUCCGGUGCACUAGGCCAAGGCGGCCUCUCUGGGGCUUCUGCGGUUCAAGGAAUCACUUUUUAAAAGAUAAGAGAAAAUUUAAGGGUUUUAGUUUUGUUCUGUCUGCUUCUCUUCUUGGUUCAUGAAGCCCAGAGAGUGGGGUUCGGCGCCCCUUCUGACAGCCACCACCGAGAAGGUUAGGUGGGGGUAAGGACCCACUUCCUAGCCUAUAGGUCCCUCCGUCCAUACAGGAGUCAGGACUCCACUCCCACUGUACGCAGAGCGUCAGCUAGGUGAUGGAGCCAGAGGGUCUGAAGAGGUCAGGUGGAAGGAAGGAGUCAAAUGCUGGGCACACCUGUGCCAAGGGGUGAAGCAGGCAUCUUUUUGUUGGUUUUAACUUAAAAACACAAAGGCCUAAAGAAAUAUGUAUCUUAUAAUUUUGUUUUAAUUUUUAAGAAGCUCAUUUGAUGAACUGCACGAAUGGAUUCUAUAUAUAUAUAUAAUAUACGUACAUAGCUCUAUAUUUGGGGACGGGCACUGUCUCUUUUCUCUCGCGUUUUAAGGGUGACGUGUCUGCCUUUGUCUGUGGUUCAACCAUCCAGCUCCCAGCUGGCUAAGCUUUGCCUCCAGUGGUUAAUGACAGGAACAUGGUAAAGCUAGCCGGUGGAUGAAGGGUGGGGCCCCUUGGGGAGAACUUCUGGCGGGGAAGGUAGCUUAUUUUGGAUGUGGGUUUGGUAGCUUCUGGGCCAGGGGAGGGCGGGCUCGUGCUGAUCACUCUGUCUCGUUCGUUUUGUUCUGCUGCUCUUCAAUAUUGUAUCGAUGCCAGGAAAAGGGGGUGAGACCUCUUUCACCCUCAAAUAAAUUGUCACAUUCCGAAGCUAA